ACAAACGUGUGCUGUGCUUUUAAUUACUUUUUCAAGUUUAACUGGUGAUUUAAAGUUAAAACAUAACAAUAUUUAGUGUAGUGUGAGCAGUAUAAAGUUAUUACGCAUAUUAUGAUGAAUAAUUACCAACCAUAUCCUCUAAAACUGUAUAUACAAGACCUAUUUCGCGCCAAAAACACAGAAAACAAAUACAUUUACGAAAUAUUUGGGCUUACAUUUAAGAAUAUCAUGAUACACGGUGUAAUUACAUCUAUUUACAAUACAACAAACAUUACAACGAAUAUAGAACUUUCCGACGCUACGGGCUCUGUUCAAAUUUAUUAUGAUAGCACAAAAAGUAAUAUAAAUACAUCACCGGCCAUUUUGAAAGAUUUAUAUCAUGGUUUUUCUGAAGCGACGAGAGCAGGCAAUGAUAACGUUCCCAUUAUGUCUACUUUGUUGGACCGUAUAGCGAAAAAUCCAUUUAAUUUUGUUGAAGGCGACUAUUUAAGUGUUGUUGGAGAUAUAUUUUUAGAUGAUAAAAGUGUAAGGAUGGUAUCGGCUUUCGAAUGUUUAAAAACGUCUGUAGAAAGAGACAUUGUGUGGAUGGAAGAGCUAAAAUACUUAUAUGAGAAGUUUUACCUUUGUAAUAACAAUAAGUGAUUGAA